AAUUCUUCAUACACUGCAUUUUUAUAAUCAAAUUGCAUCUAAAUCAUUGCAGUUACACUAUUCCACGAAUAUUGACCGCGGAUCAAAUGAACUCUUUGGAAUUUUUAAACAACAAAAAAGUAUGGAGACCGCAUUUCAGCAGCUCGCCUCCGAUCAUCGACGUCGUGACUCAAUGCCGUCAAAAAGCUCACCCAAAGGAAGAAUAUUCGUUAAAAGUCAGCAAUAUCGAAAUGCAAGACGAACCUAACUUCGCAUACGCCGAAAAUUUCUCCAAAAUUUCCACCACUUGUGAAAAAACGAACGUUCAUUUCAUCGAAUGGACAAAGCAACAACGCAGCCACGAAAAUGGUAAGAAUAAAAACGAAGAUUACGUGAAUAUCAGCACUUAUAGCCAACACGUCAAAAAUGAAAUCACUUUCAAACAAAAUUUCCCAAAACAAGUCAUCACCGUUAAAAAAGAAAAGAAAAUCGCACGCAAAGUGUACUUGAAAUGGUCCAAAUACAGCUCUACUAAUCAAACAGACAAAAAUGACAUAAAACUCGAUUUAUGCGAAUUAAAUAGGAAACACUUUUUGCAAAAAAAAUAUUGGGACUUAUGGAGAAAACAGUUGCUUCUCAGAAGAAAAAGCUCCAGCCUCAAAGUACACACGAGCGUAAAAAUGAAUCCUAAACCUAAAAAAAUCAUGAAUCGAGGAAAUUCCGAAGAUAACCUAAUUUGUUCAUCUAAGCCUCAAAAACCAGUCAUUUCAAAACGUAACAGCGAGCACGAUAUAUUGAAACAGAACAAAACGAGCAAAUCCAUCGUCGAAAUGCAAAAACAGAAAAUUCAAGAACAAGAAAAUAUCAUCAAAGAGUUGCAAUUAGCUCGUAUAAAACUCGAAACGGAAAAAGUCAAUUACGAAAGACAGUCUUUGUUAAACGAUACGUACGAAAAGGCCGAUCAAAAAUUGAAAAGUAAAGCCAAAUUCCUAUCAAUGUGUAAUUUACCUACUAAAAUUGACUCGAGCAAGUACAAAAAUUCGUGGGAAUUCGUCACUAAAAUGGAACUACGUGCUGAAGAAAGGAAGAAAAGAUGGGAAAUAAUCAAAGAACGAAAACAAAAACUCGAAGAAGAAAGAUUGGAAAAGUUGAAAAUCGAAGAAGAACGUAGAAAACGAAUAGAAGAAGAAGAAAAAAAGAGAAAAAUUUUGCAAUUAAAAUUGGAAAAACAACGACAAGAAGAGAUGAGAAAGAAACAGGAAGAGGAACGUUUAUAUUUUCACGCUUUGAACUUGAAAGCCAAGGAACAUUACAAUAGUCGACUAUGUCAGGCUACUCUCGAUGCAUUCAAACAUAUUUUAGAAACAAAAAAUUUCAUGAUGAAGGAAGCCGAACGAUAUCACAAAGAGAAAAUUUUACUGUACUAUUUCACCAUUUGGAAAUUAUUCUAUAGAAUUCGAGUACAAAGGAAGGAAGAUAAAGCUCAAAUGUGCUUGGAAAAUCGUCUUCUUCGAAAAGGUUUCGAAUGUUUGAAACUGACUCGCAAGCAAUACAUAAGUAAUCUUCAAGUUGCUAUUGAUUUCAAUGAUUUUAAUAUUCAGAAAGAUUAUUUCUAUCAAUGGCGCGUAUUUGUACACAAACAAAAGCACGAAACUUUGAAGAAAGAAGAAUGGGCUACGAACUUUUACCACGAGAAAUUGUUACAACGCUGUUUGCAAUGCUGGUUGAAAUUACCUCAGAUUAUCUUUCAAGAGAGGAACAAAGAACAAAGAAUACGUCAGUGGUAUAAUAAAGUGCAAGAAAUAUUACCGGAUUUUCAGUCUUCCUCGGAGUGUUUAUAAAAACAAAUUAUGAACUACAAAAAAAAAAAAAAAGUCGUCGUGCAUUUAUUUAAAUUUUUCUAUUCUUAUUCGUAACGAAAAGACUUGAUUUUGUGGACAAUCACUUUUUAAAUAAAAAUUUAUUGCUCAAGGAAAUGUGAAUUUUAUGUGAAAAUAUUAUCUUUUUUGUAUGAAAAAUUAUCUCUUUAUAAAAUAUAUCAAACUUACUUGCGCUUGAGAUGGUUUUUAUUUUGAAUUA